CCGAUCUCUGUUUCUUCAUAAAGUCUCAAUCUUUUAUUUCUCUAUGGCUGUAACUAAAGAUUCUCAUGUAGUGGAGAUUCCGGUAGAUGAAGAGCAUAAAGAGAGACAACAACAGUUGGUUGCGGUCUCGAAUCCGGGAAUGGGAAUACUCAAAGUGAUUCAGCAACAUCCGUUGUCUGAAAUCUCAGAGAGUCCAGGACAUUUGUUGCUUUUGAAGCUAUGGCAAAGAGAAGAAAAUUUGUUCUGUCGUCGUGUCCUUCUUAAAGAAUCAAGGCUAGAGUCAAUCAAAAGAGAGAUCUUUCAGCUUUGCUGUUUCUUCCUCGUCUUCCACGGGUUUUUCUUCACACUUGUCUACUCUUCUUCUUGUUCUGAUGACGAUGAUGUAGUGAAAAGCAAUGCGGUUUGCAAGAAAUGGUGGAUACCUUCUGCAGUGUCACUAGCUACUUCAUUGGUUCUGGUGUUUCUGGUUCAGGUUAAGCUGUUUGUGUUCUGGAAAGUUUAUAGAGGAGUUCAUAGGGAGAGGAAUGAUAACAGAACGCUUACACGGUGUGUUUUGGAGUUGAGGAUGAAAGGGUCGAGCUUUGAUUUGUCGAAAGAGCCGAUGAGUGGGAAGAGGAUGAAGAGUUCAAGCGUUGAGAUCAAAUGGAAACCUGUUACUUGGUUCUCUCAGUAUUUGAUCACCAUUGUUCUUCUUUGCUUUGCAGGGUUGUUCUUCCCGGUCUCAAAGUUCAUCCUCUGCGGAUUUUGACAAACUCUUGCUAUUCAUUGUUUGUUCGGUAAGCAAAUUGUUGUGCUCUUGUUCUUUAAAUCCAAAUCUGGACUCUCAGUGAUAAAUGUGUUUUAUUUGUCAGGACUCUGCAUUCUUUCUUCAGCCUCCAUUGUGGGGAUGAAGCUUUUGGUCCGAUCAUUGGCCUCUGUUCUAGCUUUGAGAGAGUAGCUGUCAAAUCUCCCAGACUGAAGAAUCCCCGGAGGGCCUAAGAACAACCUGUAACUUUUAGCAGUAACGCUUACACAUAGUAGAGAAUUGAUGUAACUCAGAAUCAGAAUUCUGAUCUUGAUAUUAUUUAAUUUCAUUAUUCGUUUAUAAUAAAGAACACAUCUUGUA